GGCGCGCACAUCUGCACAUCACAUCAAGGCGUGGUUUAGAACGGACAGGUGGGCUUUCUGUAUUACGACUUUGAACAUUAGUUCAAUACGGAUACAUCUUUCUCUAAGGGCGAACGACACUUAAAACUGCAAUCAUGCCGAAGUGCCCAAAAUGCGCAAAAGAAGUUUACUUCGCGGAGAGAGUGACCUCACUGGGGAAGGACUGGCACAGGCCCUGUCUGAAGUGUGAAAAGUGUGGCAAGACCCUGUCUCCUGGAUCUCACGCAGAGCAUGAUGGCAAGCCGUACUGUAAUAAUCCCUGCUACUCUGCUCAAUUCGGGCCUAAAGGAUUUGGACGUGGUGGAACUGAAAGCCACACAUUUGCCAAGUAGACCAUCUCAGGUACAGGACAGUUUUAAUAUACCACACCAAAUGGGUUACAAGAAGGCAACUCCACAUUCUACCGCAUACUCCAUACUGUACUUUAUUAAAGGAAACUACCAAAAAAGUAAAUGUUUUGAACUACCAUUUAUGUUAUUUUUAGUUUUAGUGUUGUGUAGUCUAGAACACU